CUUGGUAACCCCGCGCUGUUCCAGGCUAAGAACAUGCCCAAGAACCUAUUACCGAGAGACGGCCGUGUUGACAUCUUCGCAGUGCACUCCCGCCUCAACCCGCCCCAACACAGCCUGGUCCUGCACUCCGACACGCGCUGGUUGACUGUGGUGCGGGAGCCAACAGCGCUGUACGAGUCACUGUUUAGCUUCUACCAUAUGAACAACGCCUAUGGGUUUGACUUACAUGAGUUUGGCAAGAAGAGCGCCCAGGAGCUAGCCAACCUCCCACGUUACGGCGGGAAGCUCGGCAAGAACCAGAUGCUGUUUGACUUAGGCUACAAAGCAGAUCUGACAGUGACGGAGCUGAGAAAAGCCUUGGAUGAGAUAGACCAGAGAUUUGACCUGGUCCUUAUCGCCGAGAGAAUGGACGAGAGCCUGAUACUUCUUCGACACCUUCUUUGCUGGAGUCUUUAUGAUGUCGUUGUGUUUACCAAGAACGCGAGGAGGAGCGAGGUGAAGAAGGGGCUAGACGAGGUUACGAUGAGGGCUUUAAGAGAACUGAACAGCGCUGAUGUUAUUUUAUACGAGCAUUUUUUGGGGAAGCAUAAAGAGGCGGUGUUUGCGUUUGGUGAAGGGAAGAUGGCCAGUGAAUUAUCAGCGUUGAGAAGUUUAAGAGAUGAAUGUUACGAGGAGUGUGGCCUGAGGGAAGUCAAAGGAAGGGAUAAGAGUUUGAAGUUUAAGGAAUAUUCCGGGUUAGUGAAUGCUUAUGUGGCUGAAAAUACUACAGAUUCUCAGUGCCUUCUGCUCUCUCUUCCCGAGUUGGCCCUUGUAGAUUUAGCAAGGAAAAAGCAAGUUAGUUUGGUGAAUAAAAAGGAUGUUUCGCCUCCUCCUCCUCCUCCUCCUCCUCCUCCGCCUCCUCCUCCUCUUCCUUCUUAACCUCUUCCUCCUCAUCCUCCUUAAAAGUUGUUGUUGUUGUUUUUCUUGUUAUUCUUGUUCUUGUU